AUGGCGGAAAUAGCACCUUUCGAGCACACGCCCAUGGACGACAUCGCGCCCACAUGCGCCAGAGUCCGCGCCAGCUUCCUCUCCCACAAGACUAAGCCCCUCGAAUACCGCAUCCAGCAGCUGCGCAAGCUCUACUGGGGCUUCAAGGACAAUGAGGAGCUUAUCAAGGAGGCGUGCAAGCGCGAUCUGGGCAAGCCGUCGUUCGAGACAUACCUGACGGAGAUCUCGUGGUGCAUGAACGACUGCAUCUGGAUGGCCAACAACGUUCCGCGCUUUGCCAAGGACGAGAAGGCGACAGAUAUCCCCUGGACCAACAUGCCGCUUCGCCCGCGCAUCAAGAAAGACCCAUUGGGCACUGCGCUGAUCAUUGGAGCCUACAACUUCCCCAUCCAACUCACCCUUGGCCCUCUCAUCGGUGCCAUCGCCGCAGGAUGCACUGCCGUCGUCAAGCCCUCCGAAUCCGCCCCCAAUGCUGCCGUCGCUAUCGAGAAGAUCAUGCGCGACUCGCUCGACCCCGAAUGCUACACGUGCAUCCAGGGUGCCAUCCCCGAGACCACCGCCCUACUUGAUCAGAAGUGGGACAAGAUCUUCUACACUGGCGGAGAGAUGGUCGCCAAGAUCAUCGCGAAGAAGGCAGCCGAGACCCUGACACCCUUGACACUGGAGCUGGGAGGCAGGAACCCUGCUAUCGUCACAAAGCAUGCAGACAUGAAGCUUGCUGCAAGGAGACUAUUAUGGGCAAAGACACUCAACGCCGGUCAGGUUUGUCUCAGUCACAACUGCACUUUCAUCGAUCGUGAGAUGGUACCAGCAUUCAUCGAAGAGAUGAAGAAGCAGCUCAAAGAGUUCUACCCAGACGGUGCUCAAAAGUCGCCCGACUACGGUCGCAUAGUCAACGAGCGCCAGUUUCAGCGUAUGAAGAAGAUGAUCGACGACAGCAACGGCAAGAUCGUCCUCGGGGGCACAAUGGACGAAUCCGACCUCUUCAUCGAACCCACCGUCGUCCAAAUCAACGAUAUGAACGACAGCAUGGUUACUAGCGAAUCCUUCGGUCCCCUCCUUCCCAUCCUCCCUGUCGCCAACCUUGAUGAAGCCAUCAAGAUCGCAAACGAGCUCCACGACACACCACUCGGCACCUACGCCUUCGGCAACAAGGCCGAGCUCGAACAAAUCAUGAAACAAACACGCAGUGGCGGUGCCUCCCUCAACGACGGCUUCUUCCACGGCUCUAUCCCCACCAUGCCCUUCGGCGGUGUCGGAACAAGUGGCCAGGGCGCAUACAGGGGCAAAGCCAGUUUCGACACCUUCACACACCGCAGAAGUGUUACCACAACACCAGCAUGGAUCGAGGGUCUCAUGGACGUCAGAUACCCACCAUACACCCCCGCCAAGCAGAAGAAGUUCAUUGGCAUGAAUGACAUCAAGCCCAACUUCGAUCGCGAGGGCAGGGCUUUUGGAUGGGGUUCAUGGUUUAUGGGACUGCUGGGCGUCAAGAGUUUGGCGGCUAUUGUUGCGGCGGUUGCUAUCAAGCUAUAUCUGCAGCGGAGGUCGAAGUUGUAG